CCUAUCAUCACCAUCAUCCUCCAACCUGAACCCAUUCCUCUCCUGCCUUUUAAGCCACGCUCCCCCACACCCCCGCCUACGCCUCCUCUCCUCUCCUCCAUCUCUUCGUCUUCGGCAGUUCGGCUUCUCGCUGCGAGGUUGAGGGUGCGCCGGCCGGCUGUUUCAUGGACGCAAAGGGCGCGCCUUUACCCACCCCGCCGAGCCCUAACCCUAGCCGGCUCGCCAGCGGCAGCGCCUCCGCCGCCGACGCGCCCAAGCCCAUGCUGGCGUUCCACUUCCUGCGCGCGCUCUCCCGCGUGCACGCCGGCCCGGCCAGGCGCCGCACGCGCACCAUCAGCCGCGCCGCAUACUCCUCCAUGGCGCGCGCCGCCGGGCCGCGCCGCGCCUGGAGCCGCGCGCUGCUGCGCCAGGCCCAGGCGCGCAGAUCCACCACGCUGGCGUCCAGGCGGGCCGCCGUGCUCGUGCGGAGGCGCGUCGUCGCCGGUCCAGCGCCGCCGCUAGCGCUGCCGCGCGUCACCGGCAGGAGCAGCAGCAGCAGCGGAGAGACGUCCGCGGCUCGGGCGGCGCUCCUCCCGCCUCCGCCUCCGGCGCCGCGGCAGGCGGGCGAGCCGGCCAGGAGCGACGCGCUGCGGCGGCUCGUCCCGGGCGGCGCCGGGAUGGAGUACUGCAGCCUGCUGGAGGAGACCGCCGACUACGUGCGCUGCCUCCGCGCGCAGGUGCAGCUCAUGCAGGGACUCGCCGACCUCUUCUCAUGCCAAUGAUCCAUCCAUCCAUCGAGUAAUUCUAAAUUAUUCCCUUCUCCUUGCACUACACCAUCACCACAUGAUCGAUCGAUGCUUGCUCAGAUCAACCGAUCGAGCUCUUGUGUUCAUGGGACAAGAGAGGAUCAGUUGAUCUCGAAUUCUCGAUCUUGCAUGGUGUACGCGC